UGUAGCUUCCCGUCCGCGCCCAGCGGCCAUGGGCGCGGAGUCUCCGGCCGGCAGCGCGCUGUUGGCCCCGCAGCUUGUGGCAGCGGCUCGGGAGGAGCUGGGGGCCGGGGCCAGGCGGCGGUUGCCGGCGGCCCGGGCCUUGCAGCUCGCCGGGGAGGUGCUGGCGGUGGCGGCGGGGUUGAAGCCGGCCCUGCUGUACGACUGCGGCGCGGCGGGCCCUGCCGAGCUGCGGCGGUACUUGGAGCGGCUGAGGGAGGCCGGGCUGGCCCCGCUCCGCCUCCAUGUGCUGAGCCUUGAGGGCUCGGCCCUGCUGCUGCACCCGGGGCUCGCCCGGCGGAGGUUGGAGGCCGUGCUGGGCGCACACCCCGCGCCCUUCAUGGAUGUCUCGGCAGGGCGGCAGGGCCCGGUUCUCUGCGGGCCAGCGCAGGCUGAGGCCAUCAGGGGCCAUCUUGCGACCCUCUUGGCCCAUUUAAGCGCUGCUGAGGCCGCCAGCGCCGGCCCUGUGUCCUCCAGCGAGGUUGUCCCCACAGGCUGGAACCUCUGCACCAUCGUUGGGGUGCUGCUGGGCUACCCGGCGGUGUACACCUUCUGCAUGGAGGAGAGCACUGAGAACUGCCUGGCGCUGACGCCGCUGAGGGUGUUCACAGCGCAGGCCUCCUGCCCCAGGAUAAAGGACAGCCUCGGGGUCCAGAUCUACUCCUUCAGCAUCCCAGAGAGCCUGUGUGGGGAGCUGGAGGAGGCGCUGGGUGCCUGGUGCGAGGAGCUGAAGGAGGCUUUCAGUGCACAGAGUGACUUUGUCGGUCUGUGCAUCUCGAGCGAGGUGGUGUCUCUGCCAGCGGUUGCCUUGUAAAACACGAGCAAGCACAGACUUCUUGGCCUUUCUCACUUGCAUCACGGACUCGGGAUUCCCCGUGUGUGUGGCCUACAGGAGGCCCUCGAGCACCAAAGGGUGAAGUGUGAUGCUCUUGGGCCCCCAGCCUCGUAGGCUGGUUGAAACCAAAUGCGUGGUGUUGCAGAAAACCAGCAUGGAUGUACACCGUGGUUUAAGCAUCCAUCCUGACUGUAGAGACUGCCCUGUGCGGUCAGGUUCUAGUUAUUUGCUGCCAACGGCUGAGGAUUAAUAAAUGCAAUUGGAAUGCCAC